AUGGUAGGAAGCGAGAGAAGAGACGAAAGGGUUGUGGUUGCGAUUGAUCGAGGCAAAGGAAGCCAGGCUGCACUGAAAUGGGCUGUUGACAAUCUUGUAACCUCGGGAGAGAGUCUUACUCUUGUUCAUGUCAAACUCAAACAAGCUUUAGUUAUAACUGCCAACCCCAAUAAGUCUAGUGAUGACGUCAAGGAAUUGUUUCUUCCAUUCCGCUGCUUCUGCAACAGAAAAGACAUAAGAUGUGAAGAUGCCGUAUUGGAGGAUGUCGAUGCUGCUAAAGGAAUCAUAGGCUAUGUCAAAGAGAAUGCAAUUGAUAUUCUAGUACUCGGUGCAUCCAAGAUGACUCUGUUAAAACGGUUCAAAGCGGCAGAUGUUACCAGCACGGUGAUGAAAGGGGCAGCUAAUUUCUGCACGGUUUAUGCAAUCUCCGGAAGUAAAAUAUCGUCGGUAAGAUCAGCUACGUCUUCACCUCCCCCACUUUGCGCAAUACGUCCACAAAUAACAGCUCGGCCUAGCAACAACUCAAUGGGCCAACGUGAAACUCAGGACGAGAUCGAGAUCAAGUCUCAAAGAGGAUUUGACCAGGCCUCAGUGACAGACUCCGACAAAUCGUUUGUGAGUAGUGAUAGACCAAGCGUUGAUCUCAUGUUCCCAACGUCACGUCUCUCUAUUUACUCUGAGUUCGAAGAUAACCGAUGCAGCUUUGCCACGUCCUCAUGCUCAUCAGAGAAGCAGUCCGUAGACUUGGGUUCUUCAUAUUCGGCAUUCUCCCCAAGCUCUCAGGAAAGUGGGAGACUCUCCACGUGGUCACUCCAGGAUGAUGUACAAGCUGAGAUGAGAAGAUUGAAAAUGGAGCUCAGGUAUACAAUGGAAAUGUAUAGCACUGCCUGUAAAGAAGCAAUCACAGCCAAGAACAUGAGUAAACAGUUACACAAAUGGAGAGUAGAGAAGGAACGCAGGCUAGAAGAAGCAAGACAGGCCAAAGAAGCGGCAAUGGCAAUGGCGGAGAACGAGAAGGCAAAGACCAGAGCAGCAAUGGAAGCAAUAGCCACCGCCAACAGAAUAGCAGAAAUCGAAGCAAAGAAGAGAAAACAAAUCGAAACGGCGUCUCUUAGAAAAGCAGAGGAUAAGAACACUAGUGAUAGAAGGUAUAGGGAAUAUAGAAUCGAGGAGAUCGAAGAAGCAACAGAAAAUUUCUCAAUAAAUAACAAGAUCGGAGAAGGAGGUUACGGACCUGUUUACAAGGGCACAUUAGACUACACAAAAGUGGCUAUAAAAGUCUUGAGACCGGACGCGAGGCAAGGAAGAUCGCAGUUCCAGCAAGAGGUCGAAGUCCUAACCUCCAUAAGACAUCCGAACUUGGUUCUCUUGCUAGGAGCCUGCGCGGAGUACGGGUGUCUAGUCUACGAACACCUCGAAAACGGCAGCGUAGAAGACCUUCUCCUCAAGCGAGGAAACAACUCUCCCGUGCUGCUUACGUGGCAGCUACGGUUCCGCAUCGCAGCCGAAAUCGCCACUAGUCUCAACUUCCUCCACCAGAUGAAACCGGAGCCAGUCGUGCACCGGGACCUUAAACCGGCUAACGUGUUGCUCGACCAGCAUAUGGUCAGCAAGAUCGCCGACGUGGGUCUCGCUAGGCUUGUCCCUCCCUCGGUCUCUGAUGCCGUGACGCAGUAUAGAGUGACGUCAGCUGCUGGGACCUUGUGUUAUAUCGAUCCUGAGUACCAGCAGACGGGUAUGCUUGGGACCAAAUCAGACGUGUACUCGUUCGGGAUCACGCUUUUGCAGAUACUCACGGGGAAGCCACCGAUGAGCUUGACUCACCAGGUGCAAAAGGCGAUUGAAGGAGGGACGUUUGCUGAGAUGUUAGAUCCUGAUGUUCAUGACUGGCCACUCGAAGAGGCCUUGGUUUUGGCGAAAAUUGGUUUACGAUGCGCUGAGUUGAGGCGGAAAGACAGGCCUAACUUGGGGAAGGAUGUGUUGCCUGAGCUUAAGAGGCUCAUGGAUUUAGCUGAAGAAAGCAUGUCUUGGAUCAUUUCUUCUUAUGCCAGAGGAACUACAGUGUCCUCAUAAGAAACUACAGUAGUGUCCACCAUAUAGGCACUCCGGUUACAAGAUGUGCAGCUUCUCU